UGCAUGUAUCUUUCUAGAUAUGUGUACAGUUGGUUGGGGUAGCAAUUCCUGGCUGGAUAGUGCAAGUAUAAUCAUUCAAGGUAACCCAUGUAUAGGAGGAAGUAAAGCUUCUUUCGAGGUGUCGCAUAUUGGAAGUUUGCUAGAAAGUCAGUCCUGUGUACCAGUGUCAUUCGCUAGAAGAAGUGGGUGGCUCCCUCUGAGGCUAACCGAAGAAAGUUAUUUUGGCUGGCCAGGAAUAGUUAAUAUCGCAAAGAGUUUAUUUUGCUAUAUUGUCUCUCAACUGAGAGAAUUUGCUGCUGUCACUCCAGUUGGUGCUUGUAAGCAGAAACUUUCAAGGGUCAACUUGACAGACGCUAGAGAGAAAGCAGAGCUCAACAUAUCAAGUAUUUCGUUGAAUUUCGUGAGUUUCCGAGAUAUGGAGAUGUUCUCAGAGAAGGAAGAGUUCAACUGUGCAACUGAACCUGGUGACUCGAACACCUUUGGAGUUCAUAAGGAAUUGCCUUCAGCUGACUCAGUGUGGUGCUUGCCUGACGAAAUUAUUAGUUCCUUGUUAGGUCAUUUGGACGCUAAAGAUCUUAUAUCGCUUGAAUUCGUAAGCAAGCGCUUUCGUGAUAUUGUACGUUCAGAGAGUGGCCAGUGGAGGAGCAUUGUACAACGUCGAUGGAGCUCGUCAGCAAAUGCAGAAAUUUUGGAGACCGCGUCUCUUUUAGCUGGUGGCUGGAAACGUCUAUACAUGGAAAAGCAUCUGAGUGAAAUUCGAAGAGCACCCUGGAUAGUUCCAAGCAAGUCGGAGCUGGAAGCAAUGUUGGAGAUUAUUAAGAGUGAUUGUUCACUAUUUCCUCAUGGCUCCCCUGUUGGCGUUUACCAGACCAAUGAUAUGCACAUUUUUUCCAAUCAAGCAUGUGUAGCAAACCAUGACAAGCUGGCUACAACAAUUUACAUGGAUGACAGUCCAACAAGUGCAAUCUCUGAUUCUAGUUUCCCUCCUUUAUGUAUUGCUAUUUUGAUUGAUGGUUCGUCCAGUGUUACAGAGGAAGACUUUAUAGCAAUGAAGGAAUUCUGUCGUGCUCUUCUGGCUAGUCUUCGUUUGACACAUCCUUCUUCGCAGGCAUGCAUUAUUCAGUUUAAUCAAUAUCCUAGAGUAGAAGUGGGCUUAGCAGAUGUUUCGAAACCGGGAAUAAUGGACACGGUUGAAAGACUGGAACAAAUGAUGGGUUCAACCGAUAUUGCUGCACCGAUUCGUAGGGCGCAUCAGAUUUUGACAACUGCACAUCACAAUUCUCACAAGGUUAUCAUAUUAAUGACAGAUGGACAGACUCAUGCUGAAGAGUUUGAGUUGUCAAUCCUAGAGGCAAGGAAGGCGUUUGAUGAAUUGAAUGCUGCUUUUUACGCCUUUGGGGUUGGAAGAGAUGUAGAUGAGCAAGGUCUACAGCGAAUAGUUUAUGCUUCUCGUCGUUCGUCUUCUUAUUCGAAAGGAGGUUACUUCACGUUACGGAAACUCCGAAAGUGAAAUUGCUAUCGGAUUUCUCCGAUUAUUGUUUUAGUCAGAUUCUUGUGUUUUGUGUUGAUUAUAAUGUCUUGUACAUAUUCAUAAUAAAAGACUAGUUUGUUUAGGUC